ACAUAAAAUGUGCCAGAACAGAAAAAUAACACCCGGCAAAAUAAAAUACGAUUUUUUCUUUUAUUUUUACAGAUGGUUUCUGCACAUGUAUCUUUUUGCUGCUCCAUUUUCGAUGUGCAUAUUAUAUUUAGCUAUUUGCAGAUAUUUUUAUAAUAUGAACGUUCCGGAAAAUAUUUAUUCGACUCUAGAUUUUUUGCUUGGAAACGACCGACAAUCUUUAGUGUCACCUGCGAGUGCAAUUCUCGCUUUAACUCUUGUAACUGUACAGAGUACGAAAAGAUUGUACGAAACCUUAUUCGUCAAUGUUUUCAGUGACGCAAAAAUGAAUAUUACACACUAUUUUGCGGGAUUUAUUCAUUAUGCUGGUUUGAAUUUGGCCAUUCUUGGAGAGUCGGAAGGUUUCGUCGGAGAUUCAGAGGUAAAUUUCGAGAAUUCAUUGAGCCUCUUGGAUUGUCUCGCUGCCUUGAUUUUUCUCUUGAUGUCUUAUCAACAAUUGAAAUCGAAUUUUAUUCUGGCAAAUCUCCGAAAAAACGAGAAAGGUGUCGUCGUGACAAAAGAGCACAAGAUCCCGACUGGAGGAUAUUUCGAAUAUAUUUCUAAUCCUUUGCAAUUUACCGAAAUUGUCAUGUAUGCAAUGCUGCAAAUUGUUCUGCGCAACAGUUCGACCUAUUCGUACAUUUAUAUGUGGGUCCUUGUAAACCAGUUUGUGACGGGUCUUCUCUCUCAUCAAUGGUACAAGAAAAACUUCAAGGAUUAUCCACCCUCACGGAAAAUAAUCGUCCCGUAUUUGUUGUAAAUUUAUUUACAACAAAUUAUUAUUCCAAUUAUUUUUCCAAUUGUUGAAAAAAGUAAAUUAUAUGUUUAAUUCUAAUUUUAUGCAGGUCAA